UAUAGUAUAUAUAUAUCCGGAUUUAAACCUUUAGUUUAUUUAGUAUAUAUAUUUAAUUUUCGUGUAUAUAUAGUUCUUAUCACGGAUCGUGUAUUUUGUAGCACGGCAAAUUCUUAGCGGCUUGGCGGCAGCUCGCGAAUGUUUUGGCGCUCGUUGCUGGGUUAUAUCCCCCACACCUUUAUUAUACCACACUGCUCUAAGGCACGUUUUCCCCGUCACCAGCUUCAGGCUAUUCACCGUAUCUAACGAGUACAUAGAUGUCGGAUCGUCAGAUCGCGGGGCCGAGUCGGCGCGCCAAGGGCAAGCGUCCGGCGGUUUACGAGGAGGAGGAUGGUUCGUGUACUCUGCACCCGCGUUUCGACAUGGCUGACUGUGGCGUAGUGGCGAUGCCCGACGUGAAUGUCGUGGCGAUGAACGAGGACUUUGCCAGCCGGCUUAGUCGGAUGGACAUGGAGGAGAUCCGGGCAGAGGCCCUGGAGGCGUCGCGACGAGCAGGGGAGCUUGUGUGGGCGGCGGCCGACUACACACUCGCUCGGCGCACCGAGGAGAAUGUGGAGCUUGGGCAUCGGCUUGCCAGAGGCGAGAUCUCCGAGGAGGAGAUGGAGCGGCUAAGGCUGCCGGAGUCGCGUGUUGAGCGGGAUGCUGCGGCUCAGGGCUGGACUCCAAUAAGGCCUGAUGGGCAGAGAAUGGUGAGCGGCGUUCUCCGUAUACGGCUUCGGGCCUUGCUAAUGUUUUGAUGUAGCCCCGUCACGUGGCAGGUCAUGGGGCGCAGCCUGGGCAGGUUAUUGAGGACUGGGACGACCCCCAGUAUACCAUCUCUGGGUCGAAGAGAUGGACUGAUAAGGAUGAAGAGGAGGAGCGAAGGCAGCGAGAGGGUGGAUU